UACAGGAAUGGCAGCCAACAUUUUGGUGGUAUCUUGCCUCAUUCUUGGUUCCUUUGCCCACCAACCACAGCAGUUUCCUGGUUCUAAUCAACAGCAACCACAACAGGGUGGCCAAGCGGAACAAGCUCAACAUGCUCAGCCUGGGCAACAGCAGUUUGGUGGAGAACAGGCCAGAGAUGAACACCACAUAAAAGAACAUUUGGACGGAAAAGUGGACCCAACUGCUAACAUGACGCCAGAACAACUUCAAUUCCAUUAUUUCAAUAUGCACGAUUUAGAUAAAAAUGGGAAACUGGAUGGAGUCGAGUUGAUUAAGGCAAUAACGCAUUUCCAUGCCGAGAAUCCAGGACCACAGCAUACACAAAAUAAUGCCAAUGCCAAUCAUCAGCCACCACCACUCCCAAGUGAAGUUGAAUUGGAGACGAUGAUUGAUAGUAUUUUAAAGGACGACGAUUUCAAUGCUGAUGGCUUCAUCGACUACGGAGAGUUCCUCAAAGCACAAAAGCUUCGAGAAGAUCAAGCAAGAUCUCACCAGGAACAAAUGCAGAAAGCUGGUGGCACACAAUAAUCGAGAAUUCUGAUUAGGACAACGAUCUAAUUAAUAGCCAUAAUUUCCAAUUCCUCGUUUCCAAAGUUUUCAAUGUUUUAUUAACAUUCUACGUCUUUUGAUGGGUUAUAUCGACUGCUGUAACAAAUCAUUUUAUCAUACUAUCCUCGUCACUUUUAACACUUUAACUGGUACAUAAUAGUCAGACACCCUCCCCAUUUCCCAGUCCUACAACUUUAGUUAUUUUUCCAAUUUUGCAUUUUCCCCAUCAUUUCUCAAGUUGUGAUGAUUUUUCGAAACCCAUUUGUAAAAAGCAUAAUUUAUUGGUUUAUCUUAUAGUUAGUUGAGAUCGAAUAAAAACAAAUGAAAAUUUGUAUUUAGCACCUGUAACAAUAAAAUUCAUGUUUGCUUU